GCUGUUUUUUAAGGGAAAAGAAAAAAGAGAUUCUUUUUCUUGUGGGAUUUGACUAAUGCUUCAUGCAAUCAACUCUUAAAAUUAGAAGGUGAAAGCAUGGAAAGGCAGUAGGAGAACAUUGAUCAUGAGUGAUAAUUAGUGUUGUAAACAGAAAAAGACUCGUCUUUAUUAUCAACUAACCCUUGCAUACUUAUUAGUGCUCCCUUCUUUAUCCAAAAAGAACUCCCAUGCUUUAUUGCUUUCUUUAGCGCUUUAGCUGUAUGCUUACUUUUUGAUAAAUGUAUUAUGGAGUACUACCUUUUAUACUAAUCCUAAAGAUCGUAUAAUGACUGUCAGGCGAGAAUUGAACUGGACAUUUCUUUGUUUUCAUAAAUAGUGGCAUUUAUGCUUUGGUACAAAAAUUUUCCGUUAAUCCUAUUCUUUCUUCUCCACUCAUUUUAAUUUGAUGCUUAAAGUGUAAUUCCGAGGGUGGGUGGACUGACGUUAAUGACUGGACCCGGCGGAUGAAUUCCUUGGAAACACACUGGGUCUGGUAUUAAUCUAGCAUUCAUUCUGUUGGUCCACAAAUUAGUCUUCAAUCAAAGGCAGCUACUUUGCUAACAUGUGGCUCCCAUUCUGGUGUACAUUUAAUCCUUGAGUUGUUCGUUGAUACUUAGGCAUUACCAGAAAAUCGCUGCAACAGACCAACAAUUAUCCUAUUGAACUUACACCAGUAGGAUAUCUAUGAGGCUCUUCUUUCUUUUGACAUUGGUGUCCCUUUUCUUGCUCAUUUUUCCACCUCCAAAUCAUGCUGAUCUGGAAAAUGACAAGCAAGCUUUGCUUCAGUUUGCUGCUUCUAUCCCUCAUGGCCGGAAAGUGAACUGGACUUCUUCUGCCCCAGUAUGCACUGCUUGGGUGGGCAUUACCUGCAGCUCAGAUAACAAUAGUGUAGUUGCUGUCAGGCUACCUGGGGUUGGACUUAAAGGUCUUAUCCCUAAUAACACCCUUGGGAAGUUGGAUCACCUGACAACCCUCAGCCUCCGGUCAAACCUCCUCUCGGGAAGUCUUCCAUCUGAUCUGCUGUCCCUUCCUUCUCUCCAGUAUGUAUACCUACAACAAAAUAACUUAUCUGGAAAAAUACCAUCUUCAUUAUCCCCGCAACUCAACACAUUAGAUCUCGCUUCUAACUCCCUGCAGGGCGAAAUUCCAUCAUCUGUUCAAAAUCUGACUAAUUUAAAUAAAUUGUUCCUUCAAGAUAAUGCUCUUACUGGAUCCAUCCCCAAAUUAAAUAAUCAAAGUCUUAAAUAUCUGAAUUUGAGCAACAAUCACCUUAAUGGCUCAAUCCCAUUGGCUCUUAGUGGCUUUCCCAAUUCGUCAUUUCGGGGAAACACUGGCUUGUGUGGACCUCCACUUAAACAGUGCUCUGGAGUUUCUCCUGCUUCUGCUCCUGCUGUGUCUCCUUCAGAUAACGUGGGUCCUACACCUGCUGCUCAUGAAAAAAAACACUCGAAAAAGGGACUAAGCAAAGUGGCUAUCAUUGCCAUUGCAGUAGGAGGAGGUGUGGCACUUUUUCUUCUUCUGCUAAUGGCUUUCUUUUGCUGUUUAAGGAAAAAAGAUAGUGAAGGACAUGGUGUUCUUAAAGGCAAGGCUUUUGGUGCUGGAAGGACUGAAAAGCCCAAGGAAGAUUUUGGGAGUGGGGUCCAGGAGUCUGAGAAGAACAAAUUGGUUUUCUUUGAAGGUUGUUCCUUCAAUUUUGAUCUUGAAGAUCUACUAAGGGCCUCUGCUGAAGUGCUGGGAAAGGGAAGCUAUGGGACAACUUACAAGGCCAUCUUGGAGGAUGGAACGACAGUAGUCGUCAAGAGAUUGAAGGAGGUUGUGGUUGGCAAAAGAGAGUUUGAGCAGCAGAUGGAAACAGUUGGGAGGGUUGGUCAGCACCCUAAUGUAAUUCCCCUACGGGCUUAUUACUACUCUAAGGAUGAAAAACUUCUUGUUUACGACUAUGUAUCAGCUGGUAGCCUGUUGGCACGUUUGCAUGGUAGCAAGGAUGGUGAAAAACCACCACUGGACUGGGAAUCCAGGAUAAAAAUUUUACUAGGAGCUGCUAAAGGAAUAGCCCACAUCCAUUCAGCUGGUGGUGGCAAGUUCACACAUGGGAACAUUAAGUCCUCCAAUGUGUUUCUUUCCGAGGACCAUAAUGGUUGCAUAUCAGAUUUUGGUCUGGCUCCCCUCAUGAGCUUCCCUGCUGUCCCUCCUAGAACUGCCGGCUACAGAGCACCAGAAACAAUAGAGACAAGAAAAACCUCCCAAAAAUCUGAUGUUUAUAGCUUUGGUGUUCUCCUUCUCGAGUUGCUUACAGGGAAGACUCCAGUGCAAUCACCUGGACGUGAUGAUGUGGUUGAUCUCCCAAGGUGGGUGCAGUCAGUUGUUCGGGAGGAAUGGACUGCAGAAGUAUUUGACGCAGAGCUAAUGAGAAAUCAGAAUAUUGAAGAAGAGUUGGUUCAAAUGCUUCAAAUUGCCAUGGCUUGUGUUUCCAAGGUGCCAGAUUUAAGACCUGACAUGGGAGAAGUGGUGAAGAUGAUCGAGGAGACCAGGCAGUCGGAUUCUUCAAGCAGACCAUCGCCAGAGGCUGAGGGAUCAAAGUCUAAGGCUUCAGAUACCAUUACACCGUAAAAGUAACAAAGAGCAUUCAAUUGUUCUUUUGAUUUUAUCUUUUAGUGAAAAAGGAGGCUACUAACAAAGGACUGUACAUAGCUCAAAAUCUUGGUACUUGCUGCUAAUGAGGUCCCAGCUAUUCAGUGAUUCUUUUAGAGUUAUAAAUUAGGAACUCAAAUUGUGUCAUUCUUUUCUUUUUUCUCAGGUUUUUUAUUUGUUGAUCAGUAUAGGAGGGGUGUUGUAGCUAAAUUUGAUUCAAACAUUUGCCUUUUUUUAUUGGUGUUACUGACAUCUUGUAUAAGUGUAUCUGUGCUUGAAUUAGUCUUACAAUCAAUUAAACUCUAACAAAUUAGUUUGACAUA